AUGACUGCUGUGGCUCCUAUGGAGAUCCGUGUCUUCUCCGACUUGGUGAACAAGGCGAGAGUGGUGGAAGAGUAUGCCAAGACCGUGGCGGCAUCCAAGGAUACUCAUGGAGGGAGCUCUAGUCAGGGGCGUGGCAAGUAUUUUUAUCCGAGAGGGCAAAGCUUCAAAAGAGGAGGAUAUGCGCCUCAAGGUCAACGAGGCUUCAGAAAGAACACCCAUGAUCAGAUUCAGUGUGGAAAAGGGAGAGGAAAUCAGAGUAAGAGUUCUUCGGAUUUAGCUUGUGAUCGUUGUGGACAUUUUCAUCCAUAUGACUCUUGCAAGAUUGGUAUAGGUGGGUGCUUCAAUUGUGGCUUGCCUGGUCAUUUUAAGAACGAUUGUACGCGUGGGAAGAACCAAAGUACGGGUCAAGGUCAGCACCAGGGUCGAGUCUUUGCUGUGAAUGCCAAGGAUGCUUCUAAGGCGGAUCCGUUGAUGAGAGGUAUAUGUCUAAUUGGUGAUAAGUCCUUAGUUGCAUUAUAUGAAACUGGAGCUUCACAUUCAUUUAUUUCAUUUGCUAAAGUUGAGGAAUUCGGCUUGAAAGUGUCAGAGUUACUAUUUGAUCUGCAUGUACAUACUUUGCAUCAGACAGUUAUGACUAGGUCAGGUUGUAGACAAGUAGGUUUUAAACUUGAGGGUAGAGACUUUGUGCAUGAUUUGAUCUGUUUGCCAAUGAUUGGAUUGGAAAUGAUUUUGGGGUUUGAUUGGUUGUCGAAGAAUCAGUGGGAGGAGUGUCAGGGUUAUAUUCUGUUGGCUGCUAAUGCGUUGGGUGAUGCCCAGAAUGUAGAUCAGAUACCGGUGGUUAAAGAUUUUCCAGAAGUGUUCCCGGAAGAUAUCCCUGAGUUCCCACCUCAAAGGAAAAUUGAAUUUGCGAUUGAAUUGGUGCCGGGAGCCGGACCAGUUUCGAUUGUUCCGUGUAGAAUGGCUCCGAUAGAGCUGGCAUAA